AUGUCCGGCAGUGAUGUCGAGCACGUUUCUUGCGUUCUGAACGGCAACCCUCAUGAGCUUCGGCGCCAAUCUUCUCCGCCCACCAAUGAAUAUUUUUAUGAUGCCCGGACGGAUGACUCCUUUGAAACAUCACUAAUUGCCUCUUCUCCCGCACCGCCUCUUGCCAGUACCACAUACUCUGCGCAACAGGGUCUCACAGACUCUCCAGUAUUGCCUGUAACGGCAGGCCUAUCCUCGAACAACCGAUCCUCCCCCGACCCUGACGACUACUAUCGCCCAAAUCCACCCAUAUCGGUUGCAAACGGUGAUACUGCUGGUGGUUCAGGCGAACCUUUGAUGGAUGAAAUCGAUAACACCGAAGUUGCCGAAAAUCACCCGACACAAUUUCAACGAGUGUGUUCUGGGCCAGCGCACCCAUCGAAGUCGUCCGUGGAAAGCUCAGGGCCAUUUCGCUCGCUCUCGGAUUCAUCAUACAGAAACAUUGGGCUUGGAUACAAUAUCGGGGUACCGCCAGCACGGGCGUCGAUAGCGAGGCCAAGGCAGGUCUCUUUUAAGGAUCUCGUGAACAAGUUCAACAACAAUCCAGAUCAAGUUCUCCCACUACCGUCAACGUCUACAUCCAAGACUGUCAGCCCGGCUAGCCCCACGGACGGAUCAAUACCAUUCAAGACUGCCUCUCGUCUGAGACAAACUCACGAUUCAUCAAUUCAGAAAAAUCCAAUUCCUCGGUGGAAUACGAUAGGGACCUUUGCUCUAGAUAUACCCUCAGAACGUUCUCUUCCUCGGUUGAGGACAAACGAUAUCAACAAUAACCGUCCCGGCUCUUCCGACCUUCCUCAGCGGCCCGCGUGUGGCGGAUCGCUUGCAUUGGAUACGAGUUUUCACAGCUUGGGAUAUGGAUCACCGUCACUUCUGCGCCGUCGAGGUUCUGAAGGGACCAUCCCGAGCCCAAACCCAGCAUUUUUUGACCAUCCCGAAUCAGCACUUGGCUUGACGCCUCUGACUCCGACUGCUUGGUAUCUAGGACAUACGCCGUUUCUAGAGGCUGUUAAUACCACUUCGAACACGAAUACUCACCGGAGGACAAGGAGUGAUUUCGCUGGAGAUCAUCCUGGAGGUGCAGCGGCGUGCCUUUCUGACUUUCAUAUGGCGGACCAGCCCCCCUUACAGCCACACUCCGGGACAUCCCUAGAGAGCCCACAUUCCAAGUCGCGCAUCCCAAUCUCCUCCCGCCGCCUUAAUUCAGCUUCCGCCUCGGGUGAUUCCUCGCCGUCUUCGCCAACAAGAACCGAGCUAGCUUUCGGCAGCCGAUCUGCGCAGCAGAUCGCUUUACCUCCGAAAGGCGUUAGCCGCCUGCCCAAGCCAUCUCCCAGACAGGCGUCUCAUCCCGCCCGUGAACUGACCUAUGAGGGCGAAGCAACGUUUGCGAUAACGCCGCAUGCAAGGCGGGAAGUGGCCCCUGGUAGGGCCCGUCAGUACAUCCCUGAAAAGGGUGCCCUUUUGGAGGCAUACAUAGCCGCUCCUCCCCCGAAGAAGUCGCCCCCUCUGCGAAGUUCACGGCCACGUCAACCCGUCUCACAAACUGCCCAAACGGCGCCACGUUCAAGAGUGGUGGAAACGGUUUCGAAUUUUCAAAGACAAGUCAACCGUGAUCGUGAGCCACGAAACUCCAGGCUACGAGAGCGACGCCUGGCAGAAUUGGGUAAUGUCGACUUUGCAACCCGACGUCAGAGAAUCCAACAAGCUUUCAAUCGCACAGUCGAAGAGAAUGAGAGAAAAGAAGAGAAAGCAGCGGAGCUCCGACGCCAGGUCAAAGCUCAAGAAGAAACAGAGCAGCCUGUUCGGCCUUCUACCCCCAAGGAACAGUGUACUGGAUUUGCAGACGUGAUUACUUCUGUACAGCCCGAAGAUAACGUGACAGUAAUCGAGGAAUUUGGCGACUGUGGACAUGAAGCGAAAGACAUGACACCCGAAACAGAGGCUUCGAAGGCGCAUUCACAGCUUCGCGUCGAUCCAGACGUGUCUGUAUCAGAGAACUCUCGAAAUACAACAGACUAUCAUCCGAUGACGAUGGACUCACCAACAUUAGGCCACUCGGAGAUGAUUUUGAACGGCCAAGGAUUUGAGUUGAUGCCCUGCGACCUGCGACCUGACUCGGCCGCAACAGCAGGGUCCAACGAGACCCAUAUCACCGCAUUUGAUCCAGAACCUCAAGAUGAUCUUUCCAAACAGAAUCUACAUGCAUCACACAGAACCCUGCUGAGCCAAAUAAUGCGUAUACGUGAUUCCAGCCCUAGCAAUUCAUCGUGCGAUGAGCAAGAUUAUGGCUUUUCUGAUAAUGAUGAAAAGGGGUCUAUUCCAAUUGUUCUGAGAGACGCGAUGGCUAUCGAAGAUUCUAUAGACAGCAGUGAGAACCAAGAGCAUCGUGAUAUUUAUAUCAAGCGGGGUACUACCAAGAGCGAACCAGCGAACCGGUGGAGUAUGAGCUCUUGGUCAUCUUCUCUGCACCACGAAACUUCUUCGGGUGGGCAAUGUGAGGGCAGUGAUGACGAUCUCUCUAAUAUACACCACUGCGCCGAGGAUAGCGAGGAGGUUGCUACUCAGUCAUGCUCUGAAUCUUCGAGCACUCCGUCCGUCAUUGGUCAUCAACCUCCCCAUGCAUUGCCCCAGACAGCCCGUGUGGUAACAGAACCAAGUAAAGAAGCUGUAUCACAUAGGAAUCCUUACGGGCCGUCCGACACACCCAGCCUAGUCAGACUGGGGGGAUGGGAUUCUAAGCGUGUGGCUCAGCUCUACAUAGAAGAGCUUGCGAGUGGCAGGAGUCAUCCCCUUCCCAUGCCAGCAAUACGCGCGUCUCCAGAGCCGCCACAUGUCCGGGUUGAGCAGAGAGAUGAAAGAAGAACUGAGAAACGCAUGCGACAUUCGGCGAGCUUGUUUUUGCGCGAUGACUGGGAGCAUGCGUCUCCAUCAAUUAUGGAUUGGAUGCAAGUAGCCGCCGAUGAAGGAUCAUCGCCGCAGGCCCCCAAAAUUGACGGCAGCCAGGGAGUUGAUGGUGUUCCGACACCGCGGCUAGUGACUCCCAACGCACAUCCAAAAGAUACCGACGAAGGCCUAGGUCUGGCAAUCAAUGUGCAUCCACCUCAGGAGUUUAAUGAUGACGAUGUUCCACCACCUCCUAUACCACGCCACGACCCUCCAGCUCCGCCCCCUGAAACUCAAGAUAGCACUACACAUCGUUUCCCACAGACUUCCGUCGCUCAUCCCAACAUCUUCUCGAACGCCACCUUCGCGCCGCUGGGACCCGUUCAAAGCACCGAUAGCAGUGAGGACUCCUCUCUCCGGCGACUUGAGCCAACUCCUUCUUCGCACACCUUGGAUUCAUCGGCAACCUCGUUGGUUCCUUCGACUUCAGAACAUCCUCGCCCACAAACCGCAUCCCCAUCCCCAGAACAACGUCAACUGAAGAAGCGGCGACAUGUCAUAAAGGAAUUAGUUGAUACCGAAUAUACAUUCGGAAAAGACAUGAAAGUUGUUGAUGAUAUUUAUAAGGGAACCUCCAGUUCAUGCUUAGACCUCUCCACGGAAGAUGUCAAAGUACUGUUUGCAAAUUCAGACCAAGUCGUGCAAUUCUCUAUGGCUUUCCAGGACACUCUCAAAGAGGCAGCGAAAAGUGUUUAUAUAAUGCCUAAAUCCCAGCGGUGGACCAGCCGGCGUAACCCUCGAAAUCCUGUCGUGAGAAACGAUCAAGAAUCUUCUACUGGGAGUAGCACUUCAGACGUGGAGAAAGAUAAUGCGACUUUCAUUGGGCAGGCAUUCAUAGCGCAUAUAGCAAACAUGGAGAAGGUCUACGCCGACUAUCUGAAGAACCAUGAUGCUGCCAAUAAGAAACUUCAGACUCUGCAAAAGAACCCGAAAGUGGCUAUCUGGCUCAAAGAAUGUCGGGAUUGGGCAUCCGAUCUCACCACAGCAUGGGAUCUAGAUUCGUUGCUCGUCAAGCCAGUACAGCGGAUCUUGAAAUACCCCCUUCUUUUGAGUGAACUCCUUGAAUCGACACCUAAGGAUCACCCAGACCGUGCUGCUCUCGUUACUGCCCUUGAAGAAGUUACGAACAUCUCCGUUCGUAUCAACGAGCUGAAGAAACGUGCAGAUGUUGUGGGGCAAGUUGUGGGCCGCAAGAGAAAAGAGUCUGAUGUCAGGGCAGGCUUGUCAAAGGCAUUUGGACGUCGCACAGAGAAAUUGAAGCAACAGGUUGGCCUUUCCGACAUGGUUGAAGACAAGGAAUACGAUGCUCUGUCUCAGAGGUUCGGUGACAAUUUCUUUCAACUGCAAGUUGUCAUGCGGGAUGCGGAAGGGUAUACGCGUGAAGUCCAGGGAUCCAUGGACUGUUUUGGUGGAAUUACCAGCGCGAUAGAAGAGUUUAUCAAAGUCGCCCCGACUGCUUACCAUGAAAUUGAGGGCAAAUGCGAUGAGCUGAAGACAGCUGUCCAAGAUGUGAUAACAGAGGCAUUACCCAAGCAUAUCGCUGUCGUUCGUAAGAGCGUCAUUGACCCAAUGGUCACAUUGCUUAAGCUUCAUGAUGGACCACAAAGAGUGAUGAAAAAGCGCGACAAACGCCUAAUGGAUUAUGCCCGCUUCAAGAGCAUUAAGGAACGAGGGGACAAACCAGAUAAGAAAACCAUCGAGCAAGGGGAACAAUUUGUCGCUCUUAAUGAGGCCCUUAAAGACGAACUUCCGAAGCUCUACUCUCUUACCGCUAAAUUGAUGGAGUCUUGCCUGAAAAGCUUUGUUCACAUACAAACGUCGUGGUUUAAGACUUUGCAGGAGAAACUUGGCCCCCUAGUGGACUCGUUCCCGGACGAUAUCCAGAAGGUAAUUGGUGAUUGGAAUGCGAGUUUCAGCUUCUCUGAGGCACAGGUACUGUCCCUAGGCAUUUGCAAUGGGUCGUUAUUGGCCGAUGCUGUCAACCUCGUUAAUUUCAACACUCCCCCAACCGGGGCAACUAUUAGUUCGCCGCGGCGCCCAUCAACUGUCAAUAGCGCCAGCACUCGCGUUGGAUCCACUAUGGAUGAAUCACCUAAAGCUUCCCAUGAUUUUGGCAGUGGAAGUCAUUCUUUCCAAUCGCCAAGUUUUGAUAGCCAGUCCCAGGUCUCUCUUGGACGCAGGCGUGCUGAUUCGACUUUCUCGGGUCGUGCUGCGCCCGAUUCGAUUGAACUACCCCGAAGCCACAUGUUGCAACAAAUUACUAGCUCAUCAGCUUCUGGACCUCAGCCUAGCUCUAACAGAGAGUCUUGUCCAAGCCUUCCCCGGUUGAGCCUUGAUUCUCCAUUCCUCGUCGACGUCAUUGGUGGUCCUUCUGAGAGUAGUGACAGACCAACCGAAGAACAGCCGAGCUCACCUGGCGGUGGUCGGUAUUCGGGCUUUUUCUCUUCUGCAAUGCCAAUGUCGGACAACCCACAAGACAAUGCUCCCCAGGAGAACGAACCACCCAAAGAACCGGCGGUGCUAUUCCUUGCCGCUAGUAUUAAUGAAUUCAACAUUGACCGUGCCCGACGAGAGGCCGGCUAUCCCUACCUGACAUAUGUUGCCGGAGAGAUAUUUGAUGUCAUCGCCGAAAAGGGCGAGCUGUGGCUAGCCAAGAACCAGGACGACCCUACCCGCCAGGUUGGUUGGAUCUGGAAUAAGCAUUUUGCGAAACUCUCAACCUAA